UUUGUCAAUAUAAACAAACAUACAUCUCCACUAUUUUGAUAUAUCAAACAACCACACACUUCCUGUGUUUAUUAUCAAUAGUUAAAAAUAGAAUAUUAAUCAUCAUAGAAGUCGUUGAGAUGAGAAAAAUGGACAGAGAGCGUGUACUAGCGGAGUUGGAGGAUCAAGGAUUUUCGGUGGUAGAGGACGUCCUUUCCCCGGAGGAAUGUCAGAGAUAUAGCGAUGAGUUCAAGAGCUGGGUCCGCCAGUACAAAGACAAUGACAGGACGUACGGGAGCUUUGAGUCCCUGGUACAGUCCUACAGAAUAGGACACUUCAACGCUUCCUGGGCAGUCCGCCUCAAGGUCAAAGCCGUGUUCGCCGAGAUCUGGGGGACAGAGAAGUUGCUGAGUAGUGUAGACGGAGUGGCAGUGUCCCCUCCACCUGAGAGUAUGCCAGGUCAACCAAGAUUUCGCAACGACAAGACCUUUCUCCAUUUGGACCAAGGAGCAAACCGACUGGGUCUUCAUGCCUACCAGAGCGGAGUGUAUCUAGAGGAGUCGUCAACUUCUGAUCACUGCUUUAGGGUCCUAAAAGGAUCCCAUAAAUUCAUACAAGAAUUCUAUGACCAUUUUCCUUUGGCAGCGAAAGAAUCAAGUUCUAUGGAAUACUAUGAACUCAGAGACGAGGAGAUAAAAUGGUACAGCGAUUUGGGGUGUCCACAAACAACUGUCCCUGUCCCCAGGGGAGGAAUGGUAUUGUGGGAUUCCCGUUUGGUUCAUGAUAACGCGAGACCGAUAAAGGGCCGACCAAACUCCGAUAGGUGGCGCCACGUUGUCUUUGUGUGUAUGACGCCAGCGAAAUGGGCUAAACAAUCAGAUAUCAAAAUGAAAAGAACAGCCUAUGAAAAUCUUCUUCUUACAACCCACUGGCCAAGUCAAAAUGUCACUACCUUCCCAAUGUAUCACCCAACGGGGAAAGAGGGGAUUCAAGAACUAACCGAACUGCCCGAGAUAGCUACAACAAAGGAAGCUAAGCUAUUGAUGGGGGUGGAGGAAUAUGACUUCAGUGAUGGAAAGUCCAACGGACCCGAGGAACCAAAAUGGCGAUAAAAAGAUAUAAAUUUAAUUUGAAAUUAAACCCCAAAUAAUCGGAGUAUCAAGUUCAGUGAUGUAACAACAGUUUUUUGUUCAAUAUUACUAUAUAAGGUUAUCAUAAGCUUAAUAUACACCACGCACCAUGUUGCAGGAUGGGGGCGGGGGGGGGGGGGGGGGGUGUUAUGAUGUUUUCGACCUGUUCGUCAGCCAAUCAGUCAUCAGAGCAACUUUAACCGCUGCAGAGAAUUUCGUAAAACUUUAUAGGUAAUAUGAACACAUUAUGUAGGUGUGCAUAUUACCAAAAAAAUCCGAUUCAUUUUUUUAUUUUGUAAUGUUCGUUGACCCUUCUGAACUUAAAAUGUUGGCUAUUUAUCGGAUUUAAUAAUGAACAGUUUGUCAGCUCUAAAGCCGCUGCACAGAAUUUUCUAAAAUAUGGUAGGUAAAAAGCAUGGCUUGUAUUGAAAAUAAGACUACAGCAUUUCCUCUAAAUCCAAUACAAUUUGAAAAAUCAAUUCGUCAGCACAACUCCUCUUAAAAACACUUGAAUAAAAUUUCAUAAACAAAGACAAAAGUAUAGAUGUGCAUAUUUACAGGAAGUUUGGAAGUGACGAUUUUUUUUAAAGUUUUGCCCUUUAUUAUAUUUGUGUGUGUAUUGAAUGCAUACUCUGACUAUCAUUGAUUUGGGUUUUUUGAGCUUGCUCACUCUUUUAUUUCAUUGUUUACAACGAUACAAACAUGUAUGUGUAACAUUAAAAUCAUUACACUAAAAGAUUUAUGUUGAUUUGUCAUUUUAGCAUUAGAUUUUGAGAAUUACACAUAUAUCUAACUUGUACUUGCACAUUGUUGUGUACGUUCUAAUCUCUAGGCUGCGAUUUUAUGGGCAGAUUUGAUUUCAUGGCCAGAACAGACAGUUCAUAG